CACGCAAAGUACACACAUCUAUCAUAUAUAUUCGACAGAGUAGUCCAAACACAACCUCACAAGCAUGGGCAAUUCACACUCCGACGCCGCCAGCUCAGGUGGCAGCAACACGACGCCCAGCGGCUGUGGCUGCUGUCUGUCGCCACGCCCACAAUUCAGCCAAUUACUGGCCAAGCUGCGCCGCACUCUGACCCGGCAUUUGCGGCCACGUAAGCGACGCGGCGGUGGCGGCGGCUUUCAGCGCGGCUGCGGCGCACGCACCGCUCUGCUGCGUCCCAUGCCACGCUGCUCCUCCUUUGGCAGCUGCAGCACCCUGCUGAUGCCGCCCAAGCAGCCGCAGCCAACGCAGGCGGACAACAACUAUGCGCAGUGGAAGUGCAUGUUCGAGCAUGCGGGUGGCAAGCGUCAGUUGCCGGCCGCGCCGCGUCCGCACGACAUCAGCGAGGCGCUCUCGGGGCAGACAACGCCGCGUGGCUUUCCCUCGCACACGGAUGCACGUCGCUGCCCACAGCACGAGGAACUGGUGCGGCAGCAGCAGGAGCCGCCGCUCUAUGAGGAGUGCGUCGUGGGCGAUGUCAAGGUGCGCAGCCGUCUGAGCUUCCGUCUGCCCGGCAGCAGCCAGAGCAGCGUGCGGCGUCUGACGGCACGCCAGCGAGCCGCCCAGGCCAAGCUGGAGGAGCAGCUGCAGCGGGAGCUGUGCGAUCUGGAGGAAUACUAUGGCGGCUUUUACUAUGCCCGUCGCAACGAACGACGCAUUUGAUCGCAUUUGUAGAAGCGAAAUGGAAUCCGUAAUGUGAUAGCAUUAAAAAUUCGUAUUUAAGUAAAUCAAAAAAUGUUUUAGUUUGAAUAAAAUUCGAACUGAAAUGUAUGUAGGACAGUACAAUCAAAGCGCUCAAUCAAUCAAUCACUUGCAAUAGACAGUCUGUAGUUUAUAUAAAACUAGCAGUUAAAUAAGGAAUUAUACGCAUGAGACAAAAGAUAGUAGAGAAAUGUGAAAUUUGAAGUCAAUCAAUCAGCCAAUCAAUACAAUUAAUGACAAUGUGCGAAAU